AUGAACAUCAAGUCCAAGAAGACCGCGGAGUGGGUCGGGCUCCCGGCCUGGGUCGUCGACGGCGACGUGGAGAACGUGGAGUGGUUCAACGAGGUCGUGCGCACGGUGUGGCCGCACGUCGGCGCCGCCGCGGCGCAGAAGAUCAGGUCGUACAUCGAGCCGCUGCUCGAUCACGACAAGCCCAAGGCGCGUUCUGUUGUACACUGGUCCCCGUACGACCGCGUUCGCGUGGUGAACGCCGAUCCUUAA